GGAAUCAAGCACACAAUACAUACACUCCCUCACACACACACAAGAAAAAAAAAGGAAGCAUUUACGAAUGUAAAGGCUGGAGGUGGCUUAGAAUUUGUAUACACAUGCAAGUAGAAGGGGAAAAGCAAAACAAAGCUCACUCUCCUCUUGCCCCGGAAAGACGUCACACAUUUUAAACAACGGCCACGCUACGAAGAAGAGCCGCGGGUCAAAAAAAUCAGUGACACCGUAACUUUCUUCUUUGUUCUUAGCAACAAGUACUUUCCCAUUUAUUGUACUUUACUGCGCACUUUCUUUUUAUUUUGGUUCUUUUUUUUUUUGAAAAAGCGUCCCCCCUUUUUUUCUCUCUGUCUGGGUUUGUCACCAUUUUUUGAUUCUUGCUCUGUACGUUCUCUGUCUUCGUUUGCUUGUGUGUUUUACAAAAGAAAGAAUUACGUUCCUUUCUGUUUUUACUGUUUUUUGCUUACCUCUGACCUUUUCUUUUGUGUGCUUUCAGUCGUUCUUGUGUGCACACACACAUAUAUAUAUAUAUAUAUAUAGCAACAAGAUUGGAUUAUUCCAACAGACGGUAAUAAGCAACAGACAAGUAUCCUUCGUUGUUGUUGUGGCUUUUUCUCUUUUAUUUUAUUCUCCUGCACUCGAGAGUGAGGUGGGCAGCAGAAUCUAAAGAAGAAAAACGAAAAGGCAAAGAUGCGGCGCCUGCUCUCCAGGGAAAACUUUGCGGACUUCGCACAGCAAGCUGCCGGCGCGCUUCGACGCCUGGUGAGUAGCUCCGAUGGCUGGAACUCACGCGAUGCGCUCUCCUCGUCGUCGAAGGUUGUGCUGACUGCUUGCAAGACGAACUCCAGAGUGGACACGUGCACACUCGAGGCGUGGGUGGACGACUUAGUAACGGAACUGGAGUUGCAGUCUGCCUCCACCGGUGCAGCUUCUCCCGCAGGAAGUGUGGGGCCCUCCGCAAAGGAGAGCGCUGAAAAGCCAGGCUCACCAGUUGCCACUUCUCCUACGACAAGCAACAGUCCUGAAUCCUCCGCAGCAUCGCCAGCAAAGGCGAAGAACGACACGUGGAAGCCGCUGAGCGAGUCGGCGCUCAUGGCGAACCUGGAGGUGGCGCGCGUACUCGUGUUCAGUGUAAACGCCAAAGAGGCCGGGAUGGCCUACCACGAAAAGAAACUGGUUCAUGUGUUGGUCCAGUACUACCAAAAUCCCACCCUUAGCCAAAAGCUUCGUGACUGCUGCGCGUUGGUGGUGGUGGGCGUGUGCUCUUCGCAGAACGAGUUGCUGCGGGACUGCCUGCGUGCCUGCAAGGACACUCUGCGUGACUCCCCGCAAGACUACACGGGACGCGUGCUGCGCGUGCUGCUCGCCUCUCUGCUCGUGGAGGUGUUGCAUCAGUUCCACAUCAGCGGCGACGUCGGGGUUGUGGAGGAGCUGGAUGAGCGCAGCACGGCGUACUGCAAGUCCCUCAUCGAUUCUCUCUUCCACGAGGCGUGUCAGCUGCAGCAGCCGGCGCCGACGCCGCCGCUGAUCAGUGCCGUCGUCUCUCCCAGGACGGUGGCGUCAUCGAAGGGCGAGACGGAGGUGACAAAGGCAGCGGCGACGGCGACGGCGCCUUUGACUGGCUUCCCGGCGGCGCAGCCCCUUCCACCAGCUGCUCCUGCUUCUGCUGCCUCACCGACGAUAGCUUUGCCGCCGCUAUUGCCCACCUCCGCGACGUCUACAAGUGCAUCAACGGCUGCGGCCGACGCUGCGAGCCCCGUCUCUAGCGCAGUAGCGGGCGAAGGCGCUAACGCAGAGACGGCCGUCCACGACAGCCUCACCGUCGCGGCCUCCGCCGUCUUCCUCGCCGUCAUCAACGGAGUGUACCGUGGCAGGUCCGGACUCAAGGCGUACUUCCUGCAGACCUACGGCGCCGAGUACGCACAGCUGUGGGCGACACUCGCGUCGCGGCUGUCGCAGAUGCCCACGACACUGCAGUUGUCGCUCGGGCCGUCGCGGACGGUCCCCACGGCCACCCUGGAGCCGGUCGAGUACUGGCGCUCCGAGCUGCUCGAAGGCUUGGUGGAACUGUGCACCGAGGACAGCUUCACCUAUCAACGCGCCAUUGUGAUGGUGGCGCUGAGCGGGGCAUGCACGAAUGGGUCGACGACGAGUGCGGGUGCGAGUGCGACGGUGUCUGGCACGGCCACCUCGGCGCGCCGCGUGGCACAGCGCAGCUUUGGCAGCUCCUCUACCGCCGCAGCAGCACCGGGUUGCUACCAGUACGACCCGGUGCCCGUCGACUGGGAGGUAUACCUCUCGAGCGGCUCCCCCUCGAUGUGGCAGUUGGCUUCCGCGCUGUACGUCUGUGCCAUCACGGCAGACGGCGCCGACGUGCUGAAGGCGGUACUGCUGCAGCUGAACACCAAGUACGCGUCUGCCGAGACGCUCUACCGGUGGAUCAUCUGCACCUUAACGCUGCUGUGCGUGGCGAACCCCCGCAACGCGGUGCUGCUCUCGGAGCACAACAUGCUGCGCACCCUCAUCGCCCUCAUCAACUGCAACCAGUCCAGCGUCUUUCCGUCGUCGGAGGAAGUCACACUGUGGUCGCGCGCAAGGGAGCAGGCGGGAGCGGUGGAGGAGGCCAAGGAAGGCGAAGAGUCAAAGAAGGCAGUCCCGACGCCUUCUUCGUCCUCGUCCUUGACUUCUCCCUCCGCUGUUGUUGUUGCUGCUGCUGCUGCAUCCAAGCAGGUGACGAUGGUGCUCACUCCACCCAACACGCUGAACGUGAACACCACUCAACUCACAUUUUGUUUCCUCGAUACGCUGACGUCGACCACGUUCAGCAAGAACACCGUCAAGAUGGUGUGCAACGGCAUCAAAGACAUGUACUCGGUCGCCUCCUCGCAAACGGACGUGGACGUGGUGGAGAACGUGCUGUGCGGACUCUGCAAGGCCUUCAUCCCGCGUCGGCUGCUCUUCUUCCCGGGCGACGGCUACGUGACGUGGCGGUUGAAGCAAAUCUUCCCUCGCGGCAGCGGCUACUCCUUCUCCGCCUGGAUCUUCCCGACGUGUGUGUGGGGCGGGGGCAGCUGCCUCUACUCCUUUAUGGAUCAAGGCGACACGCGGGUCAGCCUUCUCGUGGUCGCCGACGGCCGACUUUGCUCGCUCGCCGUGCGGGUGAACAAAGCCGGCGGAGAUCCACUCGAGCUUGUCAUGAGCGAUGGCAAUUUCGCGGCGUCGCAGUGGACGUACGUGGUCGUGACGCAAGGGGUAGCGCUGAACGUGUACAUCAACGGCCGUCGCCUGGAGAGCGUCCACGACGUACCCUACCCGCGAGAGAAGCACUCGCUGACCUUCACGAUGGGCGGCGCGCCACAGCUGCCCGGCUUCUUCGGGUACACGAGUGGGAUGAACAUCUCGCCCGCGCUCUCGGAGAAGGACAUUGCGCGUCUCUACGCCGCAGGACCCACCUUGUACGAGCCCACCAAGGACUGCGCGUCGGUCUUAGCCCCUUGCUUUGAGGAGGAGAGCGGCGGCGACACGCAACCAUCGUCGGCCACGUCGUCCCUGCAGCGACAUGAGGUGCUGGCGAAGCGAUCGUCGGAGUUCAGCUGGCACCGCGUGGAGCUCUACACCCCUACCGAUAUUGAGGAGACUAUUAUCCCGAAGCGCGUGCUGGAGUGGGUAUUGAGUGUGCUGAAGGCGCGGGAGACGGCAACGAUCCGCAGCACCUCGGCCUUCAUGAACGUGGCAAAACUCUGCCUCAGCCUCUUGACCACCUCGAUGCAGCUGGCGAGCAACGAGGACUUGACGGCGUUGGUGCGCAAGAACCACCUGGAGCGGCUUCGCACGGAGGUGCUGUCGUGGCAGACAACGUUCCCCGAGUUCGGGUCUUUGUUACUGCAGUCUGUAACAGUUCGCGGCAGCGGGCGGGUGCUGCGUGCGCACGCGUGUACGCAGUGCGUCUUCGACAUUCUGCUGAGCUGCGUCAUGCAGACCAGCGAACGCAAUAAGGAGCUUAUUAGCCACAGCCGCGGCAGCACGCACACGAAUGACGACAGCGUCACGCGGUCGUCGUCGCAGCCGCCAUCGCCGCCGCCUCCGUUGCUGCCCAACCUCAGCACACACGAGGCAAACUCGACGAACAUCAUUCUGCGGGAGCUGAGUGACUGUCUCCUGGUGAAGGAGAACCUGAAGCUCUUCCAGGAAGACCCAAAGCGCUUUCAGAGCAUCUUAAACCUCACGCUGCACCUGCCGAAGGAGUGCAUCAAGUCGGUGGUCAUAUUGAUUGAGAAGCUGUGCCGUGGUGAGGCGGAGUUGCGGCAAGUCUUUCUCUUUCUCUUUGCCCCGAGCUCGUUGAGUCCAACCGCCGACACGGCGAAGGUGCGGGUGCUGCGUAUGCUCUUCGAUAUCGCGCAGGAGGACGUGGCGAUGUGUGAAAUGAUCCAGGAAUGCUGCAAAGGCCGCGGCUUUGCUUUUCUCCUGCUGCUCGUCAGCGGCGAAAACCACUCCAGCGAGGCAAUCCGUGUUCUGGCGAUCGGGCUGCUCUCCUUGCUGAUGCCGCUGAAGAGCUGCGCAAAGUUUUUCAGGAAGAGCGACGGCUUCGACGUGCUGGCGAUGUCGAUCACGGAGCCGCGCAGUCCCAUCCCCCUCGGCAUUCGCACCUUCGACGCGCUCAUCCAAGUCGCCUUCGAUGAGUUCCGCCGUCGCAAGGAGAAGCGGCCGGAGACGGACGGUAUUGCGGUGCGUCUGAUGGCCGCCGCCCACCUCUCCCAUCGCUCACGGCAGCGGGAGUCGUCUGCGGCGACGGCGGUGGCGGCCCUUCCUCGUGCGGUGGCUUCCGGGCUCCCUCCAGGCCGCCCGCCGCGACGCACCUUUGAGUUCCGCGGUCACGCGCCGGCCAUCACCGUCAAUCAGCUCGGCACGCGGCGGGGGUACAGCUUCGAGCACACGCAUGACUACGGCAAGGUCAACGAAGACUUUGGCGAAUUGAUGAUUCUGCACAAAGGCAACCGCUACCACAGCCUCGAGCUCCCCCUCGCCCUCAAAGCGGUGCUGUGUGCAUUGGAUUUCUUCAUUCAGGCGUUGGUGCGUCGCCUGCCAUCACCGUCGUCGACCUCCAGCUCGAGCAACACACGGCGGGUGCCGUCGGGGGAUCCGCCCUCCGUGGCCAGUGCCAACAACGCGGUCUCGCCGCUGCCUCGCCCGGAGAGUGGCCCGUUUCAGGCCACCUCGGCGUCCUCCUCUCCUUCGCUGAUUGUGAACGACGAAAAAGUCGUCAUUGAAGUUCUCAACUACCUGAGCAAGGUCAUCGACUACCCGAAACACGCGCUAAAGCUGAUGGAUAUCCAGUGGCUGGGUGGGCUGUGGGUGGCAGUGCGGGUGUUCUUUGAGAAGCCCGCUGACUCCGCAGGGUCUAGCGCGCCCCGCGUGCCGUCCUUCGUGGGCGACGAGGCCGCGGCGAGCGCCUCUGUCACCUCGCCGGCGGUGGGGCGGGACUUUGCUGCGACUGGCAUGCAGCGAUUGCACCAAGACCGCAGCGACUUUGUCUACGAGGUGCGCCAGCAGACGUGCACGAUCAUACGCAAGAUGGUCAUCUUGGACAUCGUGUCCAACGAGCGGGCGCAGGUGCGCAGCAUCCGCGACGGCGACUAUCCCCCGCGCCUGGUGCGCAUCGUGUUGGAGGAGAUCGCGCGUUAUUUCUGUGUGCAGAAGAACGGCGAGCUCGUCGAGAACGCCAACAACGUGAUCCGCAACUUGAAUUUCAUCUUCAAGGAUGUGCAUACAGCGCUGCACCCAUUUCCACCCAACCUCGGUGUGGCGAUCGUCAUGGCGAUUACCAACAUAUCCGUCUCGAGCAGCAUGCAGGUAAGACGCCGCAUGAAAAACAGUAGCAACCUGCUCACCAUCCGUGACAACCUCGCCUUCUUUGUGCUGCGUGAGUCGCGGCGCUUCCUGCAGCUGCGCAAACGAUCUCUGAAUCAGCUCAUCGACAUCAACGUGAACAACGCCAACUCCAUGACGGUUCUACUCUACCACCUCUCGAACAGCAUCAAGGAAAACAGCGUCAACGAAGUCGAGGUGCUCGUGUCACUCAUCCAACAGCUGGCCUGCGCCGACUCGGCCCGGCUGCGCGAGCUGCACAACUUGGUCGGGGAAAGUAGAGAGGUGAUGGAGCUGCAGGAGCUGCUGAGCAGCACCAGUGGAGGGGUCUUCGCCUCCACGGCGAGCCCGCUGCAGCCGGCCUUGUACCCCUCCCUCCCGACCCCGUCCGAUCGCGCGAUGAGUGAGGCCUUCACUGAUCUGGACUCCAACGCUGGAGGAAACGCGGACCGGCCGCAUUGGAGCUCCGGUCACGGGGUGGGACUUAAUCCGCUGGAGACGGACGCAGAGCCCAGCGCGGGUGCCUUCACGGUGCAGCUGCUGGACUGGUGCCAGGCCCACCCGGAGGCUUGGGCGGCGGUGCAGAAGAACAUUCAGAGCGCCAUUUCGAGUCAAGGGUUGGAUAGAAAGGACGAGAAGAAGGACGAGCGUGGCGCGCUCUUUAAUGGGUCGGGCGGCGUUGGGGGGUUGUCACCGAAAGUGAGCAGCGGUGGCGCUACCGGCGUGGGCUACAGUGAGCGCAGUCGGAAGGAGUUCCAACAGGUUUGCGCGGACGUGGAGGAGGAACUUGCAAAGAGCACCUGGGCAUCCGCGGCGACUGCGGCCCCGCAGGGUGCUGUGAGUCACUGA